AUGCUCACUGUUGUUGGGGCACCUCCAUCUCACACAAUUGCUUCCGAAGUUGCCACAAACCUUGCUGCUUCAUAUCUGCGAAAGAAGUCCGGUAUCAUGGGUCAACCGGCUCUCUCAGUGGAGGAUGAGAAUGCAGUUGUUGAGCAGGUGGAGCGUUGGUUAAAUCAUGGAUUCUUUCCUUAUAACAUGCUGGCAAAAGAUACAGCCAAUGCAUAUUUCCAUAACCACCGGAGCUACAGCCAGAAUAGACCAAACCUCAACGUUGGUUGGCAGAAGGGAUUUUGGACCCGUCAUCAAGGACUUGCUGAUUACAUAGCCAAAGAGCGCAAUACACUAAAGUUGAAAGGUCCGCAUGAAGAUCGCAGAGCUUGGAAGUUCUUUCAAGCAUUCAAAGAUAUCAAGCAGCGACUUGCGAUUACCAACGGCAACAUCUAUGCUAUGGAGGAUGCCGCAUUCGUUACUACCAUGUAUCGAAAGUCAAGCCUUAUGUUCGUCCGACCAAUGAACCAACACCACAAGAGAGAAGAACGGGUAUUCUCUUCUGUGAUCCACUGCUGCUCAACACGAGGAAAGCACCUGCCCCCAUACAUCGUCUGCAGGAGCCAGGAUCCACCACAGACCAAGACCUUUGGUCAAAUCAAAGUUUCCUUUACUCAGUCGGGAUGGUCUGAGGCGAAUCAUGCACUCGACUGGCUGAAGACCGUUUUCGAACCAGAGACUCGACCCAAGGGUCGCCGUCAGGUAUGGAGAAUUCUACUGAUUUCCCAUCGAUUCCGCAUAGUCUUUCCGGAGUUUGAAAAGUUUUGCUGGGAUAACAAGAUCGCUUGUCUUUCCUUUCCCAAGAACGAUCAGCAGUUCUUCAAUCCAAUGGAAAACAUCGCGUUUGGGCCCAUGCAACAGAGCUAUACCGACUACAUGAGAAAGAGAUUCUCCGAUAACAAUGAAAAUGCCAUCACAUUGGAUGUGCGGGAGUUUGCAUCGUGGAUAGAUGGAGAGGUAUCUUCAUCUAAACGAGGGAAAGAAGCUGCAGAUAUAUGGCGUCAAAGCUGCCUUGUGCCGCUAGAUGAAUUCCGCCUUCGCAACUGUUUGCAAGGGAACCGGGCUACCGCCGUUCCAGAGGAUAGAACGUCUAUUCUCGAUAGCCGCCUCUACUCGGACGAUACUCCAAGAACGGCGAGAUCACGGGCCACAUCGCAUACAAGCGUCCCGUUGCCUAUUAUCCCAUCCACAGAGCCAACGAGCCGGGAUUCUACUCCUGAAUACUCGCCUCCCUCGCCGCGGCAAUCAGAGGAGAGCCAAGAGAGAGACGAUAGCUCGGACUCGGAAGAAAGUCAGUCUGAGGGUGAGAGUGAAACAUUCAACAACCAUCAGCCUAUUACACCAUGCAGGACGCCUAGAGUACCAAAGACUCCCCGGCCGAAGACGCCAGAGGCAGAACCAUCUGGUACAGUGAUGUCGUCCAAGAAGCACCGGGACAUCUUGGAUAAAUGCAUAGAGGGAUCACCUAGAACGCAAAAGCGGUAUCGAGAUGAUUUGAUUCUGGAUCGUGGGGAUUUAGAGAAAGAGAAUACCCGUCUCAAAGAAAGGGUUGAGCUUUUGGAACAGUUUGCGUUCAAAAGAGCGAGACUUGACUGA